AUGGCAUCUAUUCUUCUGGCCUCAACAGCAAUGCCUCUCCUGUUUUCAACGGCUUCGGCUCUCCUAUUCUCAACAGCGACGGUCCACUCGUCUUCGGCAGCGGCAGUCCUAUCGUCGCCAGCAUCGACAGCCUUCCUGACGGCAGCAACGAGAGCCACGUUGUCCCCGGCAACAGCUCAGAGUACCCUCAUCAUCAUCACUCCUCCCACCGGCAGCCUGCUCCUACCUGAACUUUCCGACCACAUCCAGUCACUCCCCAGAUCUGUCACUCCAACCAGAAGAUUGUUGUCGAACAGUCCAGUGCCAAUUGUUCGCACGCCUGGUGGAUCUGGCUGGAAACUCAAUGAACCAAUGAGGCACUCUAACAAGGUCAAGGCGAAAGUGACCGAGGAGUCCGGGGAAUCAAGUUCGUACUUUGUUGACCAAGUCACUGGUGAAAGAUACAAGAAGGAUGAUACUCUCGGAGAGGGUGGAUUCGGUGUGGUAUACAGGGUUGUUAAUAAUGAUGGGAAGGCGUACGCGCUGAAGUCAUUCAAGAACGAUGGCUCUGGAAGAAACUUCCAGCGCGAGAUCAACAUGUUGGACGCCGCAGGAAAACAUGACAACAUCGUCAAGUAUUUCGGGCUUGUCAACGACCCAAGCGGAAAGUUUCCACCCUUUGAACUCUGUCGCCCGCUAGACCUUUUCGAUCUUAUCCGCAACCAAACUGAGGUCCGAGUUGGCGACCUGGGAUUGGCGGAGCGGCACGACCUGAGCCGCGGGUUCAAGCCCAACAUCACGACUCUGAAUCAUGUCUUUCUCAACCAGUUGGAGAGCGUCCUGCUCGAGAACGAGGCCACUGACGGAUUUUGGGCCAAGCGUGCAACCAUUGCCCAGGCGGGCGUGUUGGCAAUGAAGGCUGCCACUGUGAGCAUGGAGGUUGGUCACCACCAAUCCGAAGCCAUCUAUCAGGGGUACCUUCCGCCGCAAGGAGUUGUUGAGCCUGAUGAAGAUGAAGAUGAGGAUGAGGCUGAGGAUGUGGAUGAAGAUGGAGGCAGUGCCGACGAGGCCAAGGAAGAUUUCUUCAACGCCGAAUAA